GUUUCGUCCAUUACCAUUUUAGGGUAUUUUAAGUGGGUUCUCUUCUUCUUUGGAAGUGGAAACUGUAUUUUCAGGGUGUAAGACCCAUAUGGGAUAACACUUCUUAAAAGCCCAUAAAUAUAUCAAGAUUGAAAAUCGAGUGUCUGCCUUUGGUCCCAAGCUCCUUCCAUUUGCUACGCACAGUCAAAAGGCUUCUCACUUCUGGCACAAAAACCUCUUUCUUCCUUUUUUUUUUUUUUUUUUUUUUUUUUUUUUUUUCUUGGUGUUUUGUAUGUAUUUGGAACCUAGUUAUACAACCUUUUGAGGUGAGAUUAUGGGCUGCAUAUGCUCAAAAGGAGACGAAGAAGAAGAGGACGUUAAUGACAAUGACAAGGAGCAAGGGUUUAGUAAAUCAUCCGUUCAAUUGGUUGCUCCUGCUCCUUCAAUGAGAGAGGAAUUUGUAGAUGUAGGUGGUGGCAAGGAUGAUCCUUUACAUGGAUUCCGAGGGAAUAAGGGAAGGAUGAGUGUUGACAUUCCCGUGGCUAGGUUGGGUAGCAUGCCACAUUGUUCUGAGGCAGAACUACUUGCUGCUGGAUGGCCACAAUGGUUAACAUCUGUUGCAGGAGAAGCCAUAAAGGGGUGGGUACCACGGCGGGCAGAAUCAUUUGAGAAGUUAGAGAAAAUUGGACAAGGAACUUAUAGCAGUGUAUAUAAGGCCCGUGACCUUGAAACUAAGAAAAUUGUUGCAAUGAAGAAGGUUCGGUUUGUUAAUAUGGAUCCUGGAAGUGUUCGUUUUAUGGCUAGAGAAAUCCUUAUUCUGCGUAAACUUGAGCAUCCAAAUGUUAUGAAGCUUGAGGGUCUAGUCACUUCAAGGGUGUCAUGUAGCUUGUACCUUGUAUUCGAGUACAUGGAGCAUGACCUAACUGGCCUUGCAGCAACUCCUGGCAUCAAGUUUACAGAACCCCAGAUUAAAUGUUAUAUACAACAACUGCUUCGUGGACUUGAGCACUGCCAUAGUCGAGGUAUCCUGCAUAGAGACAUCAAAGGUUCGAAUCUUUUAAUUGACAACAACGGCAUCUUGAAGCUUGCAGACUUUGGUCUGGCUACCUUUUUUAAGCCUGAUCAGAACCAGCCAUUAACAAGUCGUGUUGUAACUCUAUGGUAUAGGGCACCUGAGCUUUUGCUUGGUGCCACAGAUUAUGGAGUUGCUAUAGAUUUGUGGAGUGUUGGUUGCAUCCUUGCAGAACUAUUUGCUGGGAAGCCUAUUAUGCCUGGAAGAACAGAGGUGGAGCAAAUGCAUAAGAUUUUUAAGCUCUGUGGUUCACCCUCCGAGGACUACUGGCAGAAAACAAAAUUUCCCCAUGCAACUAGUUUCAAACCUCAACACCCUUACAGGCGUAGCAUUUUAGAGUCAUUCAAAAACUUCCCUUGCUCAGCUUUGGCUCUUGUUGAUAAACUACUAGCAAUAGAACCAAAGGAUCGAGGAUCAGCUACUACAGCACUUGGAAGUGAGUUCUUUACAGAGGAGCCCUUCCUUCUUGAUCCAUCAAGUUUACCAAAAUAUUCACCAAGCAAAGAACUUGAUGCCAGGCGUCGGGAGGAGGAAGCCAGAAAACAAAGAGCGGAUGCUGUAAAAGGACGUGGACCUGAAUCAGUUAGAAGAGGUUCCAGAGAUAUUGAGGGAGUAGUAGUGCCAACACCAGAAUUCAUUGCCCAGGGGCAGCCAAUAACAAGUACCAGUCGUGAAUAUGACUACAAUGCCCCAAUUGAUCCAUCUAGAGGAGCUGUUCAGAAUGGUUACUCUCAUUCUACUUCAAUGAUCCAUCCUAGGGCAGUUGGAGUAUGGAAUAAGAACACCAUUAUGAGAGUGAAUGCAGACUCAGUUGUACAGAACGCUCGUCACAAGGAUUCUGAAGUAUUGUCCAGCAAAGAACUUUCAGUAACGGGUUAUGUACCAAAGAAAAGUAGAAUACACUGUUCUGGACCAUUGAUGCCACCCGGAGGAAACAUGGAAGACUUACUCAAGGAGCACGAGAAACAAAUCCAAGAGGCCGUUCGCAAAUCACGUUUGGAGAAGUCAUGAACCAAAGAACAUAGAGAUGUGCAUAGUUAACAGGCCACAUCAUGGAAGACAUGGAUGGAAAUUUUGCAUGGCCACUUGACACUGAAUCAUAUUUUUUCAUGUUUAGCUAAAAAUUGGAUUUUCUCUUUCCAAGAAAAUUAUUAGAACGGU